CGUUCGCUUCUGCUUCGCCGGUAGCGUGUAGCGUUAUAGCCAGCAACAGGCCGGCUGACAACAGAUCGGUGAAUCACAUCACAUCAUAGUUGUAUCCGUCCCGCGAGCUCUACACUCAGUGUUCUGAAACUCACGCGCAAGUUCACACGCGUAUGUGUUGCCAUACUGUUUGUUACUAGUGCGUGAAAAAACGGUUCAGUGUUCGAACCGAGUGCUCACAAUUGUGCCCAUUCCAACGGAUUUUAGGAUUUCUACCCCUUUCAACAGUUAACGAAGGCGAGCCUGCAGCUGCCACCUCAAGCCCGGCAGCGGAGCUCGAGGCUCUGAUCGAGCGCCUGGAGCGCGUCACCUCGCGCUUGGAGCGGCUGCCACACUUGCGCGCGCGCACCCCCACCCCCCCGCGCUCGCCCGCGCCGUCCCUCGCGUCCACGCCGCCUCCGCCGCUACCGGAGCCAGAACCAGAGGCGAUUGUUGACGCCAUGAGUGUCAACGGGUACCAGGAUAUAGUGCAGGGGCCACUCCGCACGUACAUCGAGUUGUCCCAGCAGAUCGGCGGGGAUGUUGCCACGCACGCCAACUUGGUCAACUCUGCCUUCCAGGCACAGUUACGUUACAUCCAGCAGGCAGCCUCUAGGGGCAAGCCGUCGCAGGCCGAAGAGAUGCAGCUGCUAGCUCCGACGAGCGAUCAGAUCUCUGCUAUCCAACAAUUCCGCGAGAAAAACCGCGCGUCCCAGUUUUUCAACCAUCUCUCCGCUAUAUCUGAGAGCAUUCCGGCGCUCGGGUGGGUGGCGAUAGCGCCCACCCCCGCGCCCUACGUGAAAGAGAUGAACGAUGCCGGCCAGUUCUACACCAACCGCGUGCUGAAGGAGUGGAAAGAGAAGGACAAGAGGCACGUGGAGUGGUGCCGCACCUGGGUGCAGCUGCUGUCCGAUCUCCAGGCCUACGUCAAACAGUACCACACCACCGGACUCGUAUGGUCUGGCAAAGGUGGGGCGCCCCCGCCGCCCCCGCCCGGCGGCAUGCCCCCUCCGCCGCCCGUGCUGCCCGAGGCUGACUUCUCCAACAUGACCGUGGAUGACCGCAGCGCGCUCUUCGCCGAGAUCAACCAGGGCGAGAACAUCACUAGCAGCCUGCGUAAAGUGACUGCCGACAUGCAGACCCAUAAGAACCCGCAACUGCGCCAGGGCCCGGCGCCCUUCAAGGCGGCGCCCCGCUCGGCGCCCGGCAAGCCCAUCCCGCAGCCCGGCGCCGGCACGCUGCCCGACAAGCCGCCCGUGUUCACGCGCGACGGCAAGAAGUGGCUCAUCGAAUACCAGAAAGGCAACCCCAACCUGGUGGUCGAGAACGCCGAUAUGAACAAUGUGGUAUACAUGUUCCGCUGCCGCGACUCGGCGCUGACGGUGCGCGGCAAGAUCAACGGCGUGGUCCUGGACUCGUGCACCAAGUGCGCGGUGGUGUUCGACAACCUGGUCUCCAGCAUCGAGUUCGUUAACUGCCAGUCUGUGCAGAUGCAGGUGUUGGGCAAAGUGCCCACGGUGUCUGUCGACAAGACGGACGGCUGCCAGAUCUACCUGUCGCCGGAGUCCCUCAACGUGGAGAUCGUCAGCUCCAAGUCCUCCGAGAUGAACGUGCUGGUGCCACAGAGCAACGGCGAUUACAACGAGCACCCGAUCCCGGAACAAUUCAAAACGGUCCUGUCGGGCAACGGCCUCACCACUACCCCCGUGGAGAACAAGGGCUAAGCUCCCUCGCAGUCGGAACCGUGCCCGGGAACACCUUUUGCUUAUAGAUUAAUAUGUUUUAGCUUCGCAGACACCGGCUGUUCGUCUUUGUUUCUGAAACCUGUCUAUCCCAAAACAUAGACGGACAGCACUUGUCUCAAGCAGGCAAUACGAUCACGAACACCACGCAAAAAAUACGCUAAUAAUAUCCAUAACUCAAGCAUACGUCAAACACGUGUGCAACUGUGUCGAAAACAUAGUCCGUGCUAGAUUGCGUGGAAUUUGCGAGCGUAUUGUGAUAGUAAUAAAUUCGAAACGAGGCGAGUCUCUCUUAAAUUAAUGAUAAUGAAAAUAUAUUUUGCACGGUCUAGUUCAAUAUUAGUUCACUUGCUGCGAUUCGCCUCGAGUAUCUA